AGGUCUGUGAAAGUCCUACUCAUCUCUCUGGGCAUGUUGGUGGUGGUGACAGCUGGUAUCCUAGUAACAUGGAAGAUGUGGAGAAAGCAUAAGGACAAUAAGGCCAAGGACCAGACAACUAACAACUCAGUGUCUGCUGACCCUGAGGAGGACAUUACAUACAGCACAGUGACCAACACCAGAGAAACAGCACAGCAGCAGGAUCCAUUUCCUGAAGCUGAUGAUGAUGUCACAUACAGCACUGUCAUCCCCCAGCACAAGGCCCAACUAAAAGGACAGACCAAGACUCUCAGCAGUGGGGUAUGUGUCUGUAUGUAUGUGCCUGUCCUGCAGACAGGAGGCUCCAUCACCUUCCCAUGUCACUAUGAUCUGAGUCAUAUCAACCAUGUGAAAUACUGGUGUUUAGGAUUAGGUUGGGAUGUAUGUUCUUAUGUAGUACGCACUGACCAUCCUAAGAGCAGUGGUAAGACCUCAAUCUCUGAUGACAUCACCCAGAGAGUCUUCACUGUGAGCAUGACUGACCUGAAGUCAUGGGACUAUGGGAAUUACAGGUGUGUUGUGAAGAUCAAUAGAGGACCAGAUAUCAGGAUACAAUGGUUCUACCUAUCUGUCACUCCAGGUACGAUCCCUUCACUGCUUAACUCUAUGUGGAACAACAGGCAAGUGACUGGAGUAGAAGGAGGGAGUGUCACUGUCCAUUGUUACUAUAGUAACUCUGGAGAUAUGAAGUGGUGCAGGAUGAGUGGUGAUUGUGUGAUGUGGUAUUCUGGGACUUUAAAUGGAACAUCAGUGACAUUAAAGCGGACUAGUGAAGCCAACAACAGAACAGUCUUAACAGUGACUAUGAGUGGACUGAAGAUGGAGAACACUGACUGGUAUUGGUGUAGAGUGGGAGAACUAGAGAUGCCUGUUCACAUCACUGUCAGUCAACAAACUGCAACACAGAGAACCUCUAAGAUGUCCUCAACAACCCAAGAUCCAACCCCUCAACARCCCUCUGCCUCUCCAACUGCUGAGUCUGUUCAGACUGACAACACAAGUCAAGGAGCUGAGGGGAACAUGGAGGAAGUUCACCAGAGGUUAUUAUCACUCCUUCAGCUGUCUGUGAAAGUCCUGGGCAUGUUGGUGGUGGUGACAGCUGGUAUCCUAGUUACAUGGAAGAUGUGGAGAAAGCAUCAGGACAAUAAGGCCAAGGACCAGACAACUAACAACUCAGUGGAUCCAUUUCCUGAAGCUGAUGAUGAUGUCACAUACAGCACUGUCAUCUUCCAGCACAAGGCCCAACUAAAAGGACAGACCAAGGACAAGAAAAACAGGCAGGAAACCAGGCACCCAGAGGCUGCUUUUCUUGUUGCCGGUGAUUUUAGUUCCUCGUCAUUAAGACACAUAAUGCCCAACGUCCAUCAACACAACUCCUACGCCACAAGAGGCAAUAAAGACCAAUGCUACUCUAGCCACAAGCAAGCAUACAAGGCCUUCCCUCAUCACCCUUUCGGCAAAUCAGAUCAUGACUCUAUACUCCUGCUUCCUGUCUACAAGCAGAAGCUCAAAGGGGAAGUACCCAUGAUGCGUUGCAUUGAGAAAUGGUCCUCUGAAUCGGAGGCUAUGCUACAGGACAGCUUUGCUAGUGCUGACUAG